UUCCUGUCGCACUUUGAGGUGCACACAGAGGAGAGAUGUGACAAUCAAAAGCAUCUUUCCCAACACAGACUCAAACUUGCAGUUGUUAUUCGACGAUUUUGGCAUUUUUUGUUUCCUUCCACUUUGAAAGAGGCAUUGGGAACUUUAGAGGAACUGGGUUUUUUAAGAGGGAGGGGUGAAUUUAGGUGGAGGGAGAGAUGACCUCCCUCCUGAUGCGAAUCUUUCGGCUGGGUGUGGAGAAAAAGCGGAUCAGGCACUACGAAAACCUAAAGAGGGAUGUGGAUCCAAAUCAGACGUGGGACACUCUGGGAGAACUGGGAGAUGGAGCUUUUGGGAAGGUGUAUAAGGCUCAUAAUCAGACGACGGGGGUCGUGGGUGCUGCUAAAGUGAUCGAAGUUCGCGGUGAGGAGCAGCUCGAUGACUACAUAACUGAGAUAGACAUCUUAGCGGCCUGUCGUCAUGGCAACAUCAUCUCUUUGCUGGAAGCCGUCUACUUCGAGGGCUGGCUGUGGAUCAUUAUUGAGUACUGCCCUGGAGGAGCCCUUGAUGACAUCAUGUUGGAACUGGAGCGAGGUCUUUCAGAGCAGCAGAUCAGUGAGGUGUGCUGUCAGAGUCUGCAGGCCCUGUCUUACCUACAUCAGCAUCACAUUAUUCACAGAGAUCUGAAGGCUGGCAACAUUCUGCUCACAAUGGAGGGACAGGUCAAACUUGCUGACUUUGGUGUGUCUGCAAAAAAUGAAAAUACUCUUCAAAAACGGUCAACUUUUAUCGGAACACCAUACUGGAUGGCACCAGAGGUUAUCAUGUGCGAAACAUCGAAGGACAAUCAAUACAGCUGUAAAGCGGAUAUCUGGUCACUGGGCAUCACUCUGAUCGAGGCUGCUGAGAUGGAGCCCCCUCAUCAUUCUCUCAACCCCAUGAGGGUCCUACUGAAGAUCACCAAAUCUCCACCACCCACGCUCUCCCAUCCUCGCCGCUGGUCAGCCCAUUUCCAAGACUUUCUGAGAAGGACACUGCAAAAGAACCCUGAGGCACGCUGGGGAGCCCAACAGCUGCUGGCUCACCCUUUCGCUUACGCGGGUCGUGAUGGGCGAGCUCUGAAAGAACUCAUCGCUGAAGCCAAAGCAGAGGUCACUGAGGUCAUUGAAGCUGAGUCUUUGUUGGACCUCCAGUGUUCUGUGAAUGAAACAAUCGCCGCAGUAUCUGAUCAAACACAAGCAGAAGAACCAGAAGCAGCUGAAGAACAAGUAGCUCAAGAACCUGAAGUUCCUCGGAGGGCUUCUGUUCCAGAUGCUGUUCCUCAAUCUCCCACCAAUUCAGAGCCUGAGGUUAAAGUGACCCGCCGGGCGUCCCAGGUCACAGAUAAAGCGCAGAAGAGGUCAAGACGCCUCUCCGUCCCUGGAAAUCUGCUUUCAUUUCUCUCCCGUCGCAAAUCUGGAUUCUGGGGUGAAAAUUCACCUUUAAAGGGAAAUAAAGAUUCCAGCGCAAUGGAAACUGAAGAAAAACCUUCUCUUGUUGUAGAGGGAGAAAACAAUGACAGCACUGACAAACCCGAGGAACAAACGUUUGACGUAGUUGAUGGUAAAAUUAAUGAAUCUGCCGACACCAAAGACGAAGAAGCUAAAGAAGAAACUGACAUUGAGGAAUCCAAAAAUUCACAUAACCACAUAAGCACACAAGCAGAUUUAUCUGACAAGGAAACACUAGAUCUUACCAAGGAGGACACUGACCAUGAUACGGACAAAAAUAGUAAAGUGAAGUUUGACGACUCUAAACAAAUGUUUUGGAAGUCCCUCCAAACUUCUAUUCAUGACACAGACGCACUUCCUAAAGCAACACAUCCACAGAGCACACUGGUUACAGCACUUAGUUUGGAAACAUUAAUGUUUAAUAAAAAGGACAAAUGUGAAAAAAAUUCAAAAAAUCAAUACCUUGAUUUGGCCAGUCCUUUGAAUACGUACACUUCCCCUUUUAUAGUAGACACGAACGAAUGCUCAGCUGUCGAGAUACCACCAGAAAACUUAAAGCUUGAAGUAAUUGAUGUUGAGGUAAGUCAACAGACAAACGAACCAUCACAAAAUGAGCCUGAUGAGGAAACAAUCACAGUUGAGGAAGAAAAACCUGAGGUGGAAGAACCAGCAGAACUGGAAACAGAUGGUGGAUCGCUCAAUGAAAUUAAAAUGGAAAGUUGCGAGGAACUUUAUGCAGAAACUAACACAGCAACAGAGGAAGAGGAGCAGCCAAGCACCGCAGAAGAGCAAAAUAUCAUUGAGGUAGAAAAUGAGGAUUUGACCAAUACACUGGAGGAAGGACGUGAAGAUGUGGACUCACAAAAUGAAAAUAAUGAAAAACAGGUAUGUGAAGACGGAGAAGAAGAAGAAGAAGAAGAAGAAGAAGAAGAAGAAGAAGAAGAAGAAAAAGUAGUAGUAGAAGAGGAAGUCAGAGAUCUUAAGGGAGAAAUGGAUGCAGUGACAAUUGAAGAAGAAGAUUUAACCACCAAAGAAGAUGAGGUUGAUCACGAGGAUCUCAAAAUUGAAAACAGCGAGAACGUAAGACAAUCAGAAAUGGAAACAACCACUCAAAAUGAGAUAAAUGAGACAAAUAGCAUUAUUUUACACAAGUUAGAACAACAAAAUACAGAGGAGACCAGUAUUGAGGAGGAAAUGAGUGGUAUUGAAGGAGAAACUGUCAGUGAUGAGGUAUCAAAACACAUCAGUAAACCAAAUCACUGUUCAAUUGAAAAAGAAGAUUCUGUGAAAGAUGAACAAACGCUUCAAAGUAAUGAUACUGAACGUAUACAGGACAUAAAAGAAGAGCAAUCAAAGUGUCAAAGGGAUGGCACAACAGAAAUCAUUGUACCAAAGCCAAAAAAGCAAGUGAUGUUCGUUCUUGAAGAGGAUGAUAAAACUAAAGAAAAUCAAACUGAGGAAAACAGUCUUGCAAAUGGCUUAAAAGAUCAAGAUUUCAAACCAGUACAUGUGGGGUCUAAUGGAAACACACCUAAGGAAUCUGAUGAAGACACAAUUGCACCUCUUUCUCCAAGUACAGAACAGCCACUGUCUCCAGGCUUUGAAGUGGAAUCACAACCAAGCAGGCGAACAGUAAAGAAGACCAGGAAAUUUAUGGUGGAUGGUCGUGAGGUCAGCAUCACCACCUCCAAAGUGCUCAGUGAGAAAGACAGGGAGGAACAACAAAUGCGCUACAACAGACGGCAGGAAUUGCGUGCAUUGAAGCUCUUGCAGCGCGAGGAGCAGAGAGAGCAUGCACAGCUGGAGCAGAAACUACAGCAGCAGAGGGAACAGAUGUUUCGCCACAUCGAGCAAGAGAUGACGGGUAAGAAGCAGUAUUAUGACGGCGAGCUUGAGAGGCUUGAGAAACAGUACCUGCAGCAAAGCGGCCAAAUGGAGUCAGAACACACAGCCCGACUCAGGGAGGACGCACGGAGACUCAAAGCCCAGCAAGAGAAAGAGCUGAGCCGAAAGAGCAGUACAUUCAAAGCUGACCCUAAAGAGGAGCAGAGAUUCCUGCAGAAGCAGCAACAGGAACUGAAUGAAGCUCUACAAAAGGGCGUACAGGAGCAUAAGAGGAAGGUGGCGUCAAUGGAGUGGGAGAUUACAGCCAAAUCCCAACAGCUUAAGCGAGCUCGUGAAGCAGUGAUUUGGGAGUUAGAGCAGCGCCAUCUACAGGAGAAGUACCACCUAUUCAAACAGCAGGUGAAGGAGCAGUACUCCCUCCAGAGACAGCAGCUGACCAAAAGACACAACAAGGAAAAGGAGCGAGCAUCUCGGUUCCAGCAGAUCCUUCUAGAAAACCAGAAGUCAUUGCAGGCCCAGGAAAGGGCUUCCCUCCAGAAGGCCCAGAAGGCUGAGGCCAAGGCCCAUUUGCAACAGUUCAAAGUGGAACUUAAGAAGGAAGGCCUAAGCGGUCCUGAACAUAGACAACGUCUCACACAGUUUUUGUCAGAAGAAGAGGCCAGACAGAAGGUGGAGAGGCAAAGUCUACAGGAUACUCAUGACAACCAGCUAAAAGCUGUACAGGAACAAUGUGAUACCAGUAAUUUUGACCUACAGCAGCUACAGAAUGAGAAGCUUCAGGUUCUUGUAGACAUGGAGAAGAAGAAGAUCAAAACUCUAGAGGACGAGCACACCCUGGAGCUGAAUGAAUGGAGAGACAAACUCGCUAGCAGGAAAGAGGUGUUGGAAGAAGACUUGGCUCGCAGGCGUCGAGAAAAAGAGGGAGUGCGGAGGAGAGGCAGUGAGCCUGAAAUGCGUCGCCGUCCAAAGUUCUUCCACAACCUGAGCUUCUCCUGAUGAAGAACGGAAAUACACUGAACCUAAACCCAAGUGUCUUUAUACACUGUAUGAGAUUGGGGCUAGUUGUCAUUCGGGUUCUUGUAACUGGUUAACUGGGUAGCUGUAUGGUUUUGAGUUUGUUUUUCAGACUCAAAUUGAAUUCUGUGUUCUGUCUUCCAAUGUUCAGAAGUUUAUCUGUAAAUGUGUUAAAAACCUGUUAAAUUUUUUUGUAAUUGUACUUUACAACCCAAAAGUAAAUUUGUAAAUAAACAUGUUUUUGGUGGA